GGGGGCUUGUUCCGCGCGGGGGCCGUUGGCUCCAGACAAAUAAACAUGGAGUCCAUCUUCCACGAGAAACAAGAAGGCUCACUGUGUGCUCAGCAUUGCCUGAAUAAUCUGUUGCAAGGAGAGUAUUUCAGCCCUGUGGAAUUAUCCUCCAUUGCACAUCAGCUCGAUGAAGAGGAGAGGAUGAGGAUGGCAGAGGGAGGAGUCACCAGUGAAGACUACCGAACUUUUCUACAGCAGCCUUCUGGAAACAUGGAUGACAGUGGUUUUUUCUCUAUUCAAGUUAUAAGCAAUGCCUUGAAGGUUUGGGGGUUGGAACUAAUCCUGUUCAACAGUCCAGAGUAUCAGAGGCUCGGAAUUGAUCCCAUAAAUGAAAAGUCAUUUAUAUGCAAUUAUAAAGAACACUGGUUUACUGUUAGAAAAUUAGGAAAACAGUGGUUUAACUUGAAUUCUCUCUUGACGGGUCCAGAAUUAAUAUCAGAUACAUACCUUGCACUUUUCUUGGCUCAAUUACAACAGGAAGGUUAUUCUAUAUUUGUUGUUAAGGGUGAUCUGCCAGAUUGUGAAGCCGACCAACUCCUGCAGAUGAUCAGGGUCCAGCAGAUGCAGAGACCAAAACUUAUUGGAGAGGAAUUAGCACAACUGAAAGAUCAGAGAGCCCAUAGAACAGACCUGGAACGAGUCUUAGAAGCAAGUGAUGGGUCAGGAAUGUUAGACGAAGAGGAGGAGGAUUUGCAGAGGGCUCUGGCACUAAGUCGCCAGGAAAUUGACAUGGAAGAUGAAGAGGCAGACCUCCGCAGGGCCAUUCAGCUCAGUAUGCAAGGUAGUUCCAGAAAUAUGUCUCAAGAUAUUCCACAGACGUCAAGUACAGAUCUCACCUCAGAAGAGCUGCGGAAAAGAAGAGAAGCCUACUUUGAAAAGCAGCAGCAGGAGCAGCAGCGGCGGCAGCAGCGGCAGCAGCAGGUAGAUGCCCCAGCACAGGUUUCCCGUCUCCAUGAAAAGCCGGCCACAGGUUCCGGAGCCCUUGGGAAUGACCUAGAUGAUGCUAUGAGUGAAGAAGACAUGCUUCAGGCAGCUGUGACCAUGUCUCUAGAAACUGUUCAGAAUAAUUUGAAAACAGAAAGGAAAAAAUAGUACCUUUAAAAAAUCAUUUAGAUACUCAUUUUCCAACAUGAUCCUGUGUGGUGACAGCAUAGGAUCCUUUUUGGUAACGCAUCAAAAAGAACAGUGUUCAACAGAGGCGAUGAGACUUUCAGGUGGUUUGCAAACAAAAUGAUGAAAAUGUGUCAGUUGUAGGACUAAACAAUAAUCCUCCACGUACUAGCCAAAGGCAUUCAGCAAUUAAAGACAUUUAAAAUAGUUUUCUAAAUGUUCCUUUUUCUCUUCUGAUUGUGCAAUAUCUAACAUGUCUAAAAUCAGAGCAUUUUCCUGGGACCUUUUUGCAGACCAACUCCUUAGCUUUUGCCACAGAACUUUCCCCGUACGGUUUUUCUUUCUCCUGUUGUAGGUAAUUCGGUUCACUUUCAUCUAGUAGUUGCUUUAUUUCUUAUUAACCAAAAUAACCUUUGCAGGUUAGUGUCUGUUGUCUGUAUGGAUAAUAGUAAUGGUUCUAGAGGAUAAGCUGUUCUCCCUCCAAUAACUUGUAUUGUGAACAUGGAUGUUUUCCAAUGUCAUUUUCUCUAAUCACAAUUUCUUUGCUAUCUGGUUUUCAUUAUUUUUCUAGAACUCUUAAAAUACACUCAUCUUUGUCAAGGUUUCACGUUUAAGCCCUCAGUGGUGCAGCCAUCAUUCAUGGCUCUGGUGCAUUCCCAGGCUCUGAUGUCAGCCUUGCAUGGGGAGUUGAGAAUACAGGUGCAUUUUUGUUUGUUUUUUUAAUGUGCGCAUGGGCCUUCCCAGAUGUUUUGUGAAUGUCUUAUCAAUGACGUCAGAACUUUACAGAUUCAUUGUAUCCCCUGCUUCUUGGGCCUUAUUGUUUCCUAAAAUAGAAGCAUAGUAUGCAAGCAGGUUUCCUUCUGAUAGGCGAUUUUACACGUAUACCCACCAUGAAUGUAUGAUAGACAAAAUUUGGCCUUCAAUUUUAGUAGCAGGUUUCAUUUUUUCUUUUCCAUGUACAAUGGAGUCUUUCUAUUCCAUUUAUAAGUGAAUGUAGACUCUGCUUCACCCCUGUUUAUAGUAGGUAUAGCUUGCCAGAGGUGGUGAUCUGCAACAUGAAAAUCGUUUACUAAUGAAAAUAUAUUUAAAUUUGUACUGUGAUCCGAGAGUUGAUCAUGUUUAAAUAACUUAAGGAUUGUAGAAGUCACCGUACUUAGUGUGUGUAAAUAAGAAAGUCCUUAGUUUUGAUAAGCAUUGUAUAACUGAGAUGCACAGAGUGUCUGGCUGGAUCAGUGCCGCAGUGUGAUGUUGAGGACACUUGACCACGUCUCUGAGGCUGGCAGGUGUCAUUCAGUCUCUACUCCCAUUCCUUAGGAAGCCCUUUUGGAUGUUGAGUUGUUUAUAAGCUAAAAUUCAAGAAGAAUUUUCAGCGAACCACUUAAAAAGUUAAAAGUGUGCUGUGUGGCCCUACUGAUAUGUGGCUGCACAUGUUUAAUCAGGGAAAGUUUUCUGAUCUAUGAUUUAUUGCUAACUCACUGCAGAGAGAAAAUAUCUUUUAUUUAUGACUAAGAAAUUUUUUUCUUGGAUAGAACAGAUUUUUUUAGUUAUUAUUUUGUGCCAAUUAAAGUUUUCUGAAAUUCCUUUACAUUUACACAAAAUUAAGAGUUUUAUUUUAAAAUGUAAAGUUUUAACAAUUGAAAAUGUUUCAGAAGAAUUAUAACUUUAGAAUUGCAAGGAAUGUUGGAGUUUUGUACUAAUCCCUCAGGAUUUACAAAACUGAGCAUUCUAAGACUGAACAUUUAUGCAAGGAUCCCCAGGAUGCCAAUCAUCAUUUCCAUCCAUAUUUGGCUUUUAUCUCUUCCCAUUGGAAAAUUACAUCAAACUUUCCAAAAACUUCAGCUGAUACUCCCUAACAUAAAAUGAGAAAACUAAAACAUACUUGAGAGCUUUUUAUCUUCAGAGUUUAUGAAACUCCUGUGUGUACACCCUAGUUAAAGCACUUGAGAAAAUGAGGCGUGGUGACGUGUUUGUUAGGGGCGUGUUUACAGCAGACCCAAGCGCACACUGGAUACACUUGAAUGUGUUCUUCAGUUUGCUGUGGGAUUGUUAAAUUGGCAGGCAAAUCGGCAGUCAUUAGUGACCUGCCAUCUUGUUUGGACUGGCUUACAUUUAAUUGAAUGCUUAUAUUCCAUUUCUUAAUUGGCCACUGUGAGAAGAUGCCGAUGCUUCCUACCAUAGAAUCAAAAAGCAGAAAAACAGGAAGCUGCCGUCCCACAUCGGGAGAUGCCAGUCACUAGAAACCGAGAACAGCGGAAGCCGUGAUGGCUGCCUGCCUGAGGACUUUGGAGAUUUCCAUUCUGUUGUACCAAUUGGGAACACCUUAAUGUUUAAUAUUUAAACUACUGUAUCAUUUUUCUAACGUAUAAUUUGUAUUACUGGGAUAAAAUGUGUAUAGUAGUAUUGCAAAUGUUAUAAGUAAAGUUUAAACCAACUUUGGAAAUAACACUUUGAUACUUUCAGAUGUCAUGGAUUUAAUAAGUAGUUGUGUUUUAAAAAUUCAGAGUAACUAAGCUCUGAUCUAAAACUUUGCAAAAUACUUUUUUUUACAGUAGUUAACAUAUAUUUCAGUAAAUUAUUUGAAAAGGUCGCUGCAGGUAAACACUAUAAUUAAAUUUUAAGAUCCUGGCCAAAUAAUUUAGAAUUUUUAGAAUAUUUUACAUAAGUGUGUGCUUCGCUUUUUUUUCAAACUUGAUUUUUCUUAAUUAAGGCUUUAUUCAUGAUGCCAAAGUUAAUGAGGAAAACAGCCCGAAAUUAGUUGAGUCUUAUUAUUGGCCAAACUACCAGUAGUCUAUAUUAUUUCAUUUAACGUUAAGUUGAAUAAUCGGAGCCUAAGUGACAUUUUGAAUGUCUGCACAUCUGAUACUGUUUAAAAUAUCAUGCUAGUGCCAAGCAUUACUGAAUUCUAAAAACUGGUCCAGUGGACUUGGGCAAAUCCAAGAAAGGUUUAGACAGUGCAUAAUCAAUCUUCAAUUGAAAAAUCUUUUAAAUUCUUUGGAGGCAUCAAUUAAUUAUUGAUGACUUCCUAUUAAAAAUCUGCAGUUGGAGGGUUCUAUGGCCACUGUUUUCACAGUAAGUUGUUUGUUGUGUCUGAACCCUAAUAAGUAUGGAAGUGUGACCUAUGUGACCUUAAUUAAGAAAAAUCAGAUUGGAUCAGCUAAUUUCAGCAAUGUAAAUAACUUUUCAUAUUCAAAAUAAAAAAUUUUUGUUCAUUCCUAGUCCCUUUAUAACUCCCAUCUUUUGUUAAAGGAAUGAACUGGCUUUUUAUUUUUUUAAAGUUAGUCUUAUACAUAAUAAAAAGUUUUGUUCUGCUUUUAUGAAAGAAAAGAUUGGCUUGGUUAAUUCUUGAAUUUUUUUUAAAUUGAAAAAUUUUGCUGUUUUUUUUUUUUAAUGGUCUGACGCUUUAAGAAUUAAUGCAAUAAGUUCUAAAUUUAUGGUAAUUGGUAUGUUUAAUAGUUCUCAAUCAGUACACUGGAUUCCUAGACAAACAGUAGGAAGCAGCCAUGAAAUAUACACAAAAAAUCCCCGAUUCAUUUAGAAGACCCUCCAGUUGCCUCUUGCGUAAUUCGAAGGGCAAUAUUUCCUGGAAUUUGAUGCUUUUUUUUUUUUUGAAAGAGGAAAACAUACAUUUGAAAUGUGAUUAUCUAAUUUCUACAACACUGGACUACUAGGAAUAACUUUUUGAAAAUUACUGUUCUGUAUAAAUCUUUGAAGUUCAAGUAUGAAAAACAUGUGAACUAGAAAGCAUUGUCUUUUGGCCAUGAUCCAGGUGCACCGUGGCAGUGCUGUUUGCUCAGGACCCCAGUCUGCCUCCCUGUGUGCUGGUGGAGCACACGCAGGCCUCCCCUCCUGUCCUUAGAAAGCCGGGCUUCCAGAGCACUGCGCAAUGCUGAGGAUUCCAUUGUUAAUGCGGAUGUUGUAUUUUAAAUAUCAGAGAUUAUUAAAUAAAGAGAAUGUUUGCUUUUGUA